AUGGCACCAAAAAGUAGCAGUCCCAACCUCUCAAAAAGGGUGUUCUGCCCUGACGCAUUUCCAUACCCCAUCACCCAAAUCUAUCUCAGCUACUACUUCGUCUACAUCGCGAUCUUCCUCGCAAUCUUCAUCGCCUCGUUCUUCAUCCGCAAAAAGAGCGGUGGCGCAGGGAAAUCGUUACUCGGAUAUGCCUACAUACUCACAUUGCUCUUCGCAAUCGUUUCCCUAGUCCUCGACUUCACAUCUCUCCUCGUAGCCCAAUGCCAGUCUGGAGGUCUCCAGGAAGUCCGCGACUUGUCCCUCGCUUCCAACAUCAUCGGCAUCAUCAGCAUAUGGGGCAUGCUAUUCCUCGUCGUCUACCAAGUAAAUGUCUUACUCCGGAGGCAACUCGGUUCAGCCGUUAUGAUGUUUAGAAUCAUCUGUCUGGCAGUGAUAGGCGUCAUGGGCGCUCUCUACAUAGCUUACAUCGGUCUAUUCAGCUACCUCUGGCUCGAGAGAGAGCGUAUGUGGAGAGAAGACCGAUAUAGGCUUCAGGAAUCGUCGCGGCGGCUAUCGCUGGCGUUGGUAGGGCUAUAUUUACUUUGUGUUAUCGUGUCGGCGGCACUGGCUACUAUGACGCUGUCUGGGCUGCGGAGAGCGCAGAUAGCUGCGGGUGAUCUCAUCGGCUGGGUCGCUGCCCUCCAUAUCUUCAUGUUCAUCUGGUCCGGCCUGUCCAUAGUGCUGCAGGCACUAAGCCUUUACUAUUCCGAGCACUUUGAUCUAAACGCAUCGGUAGCCAUGUCGUAUGUUCUGACUAUGUUCCAAGCGCUUAGCUUCGUUGCGCUAUUGGGAAUCGCAAAGCAUACGUGCUGGAAACAGGCCCGUAAGCCUGCCCAGAAUGUUUAUGCGCCGGUUAUCCAGGGGAACACGGCGUAUGUGCAUUGA